UUAGAAUUUGAAAUUGCUAUUAUUCCUUGACCAUGAAUAAAACUGUAGCUUCUGUGCGGUCAAUCAAGUCCAGGGCUACUGUUGUUUCUGCUCCUGUGUUUCGGUCCACUGAACUUCCAGAAAAAAGGAAGGAGUUUUAUUCAAAAUUAGAGGAAAAAUACCAAUCAAUGGAAGCUGAGAAGAAUCAAACUGAAGUGGGGACCAAGGAAGAGAUAGAGGAAGCUAUCAAGCAGCUAAAGAAGAGUUUAAGUUUUAAAGCAAACCCUAUGCCGAGCUUUUACCAUGAGGGGCUACCUCCUAUGGUUGAAUUGAAGAAGAUCCAGUUGGACAUGUAGACAUAUUUUAUCAACUUAUGUGCAUGAAAAAGGUUGAGUAUCAUGUCUGGGCCAACUACCAGCCUCGCGUGCAAAAUCUCCAAAGGGGACAUGGUGAAAGGAGCUGGUGUCAGGAGAAAGCAUCACAUACUGAAGACUGAGAACUAUGAUGACAAGAGUGAUGUGAAUGCCUUAU